CUAAAACAGGGGCGCAUCAAACAGGAUAAGCUGGAACUACGUGACCGGAGCAGACCCAGGGAAGGCGGCCGCCGGCGAAUCCGAAGCGAACUUCUGCUCGCGACGAGCCAUGGCGGAAGCUCUCAUCGAGCUCGAGCAAGUUCUCAGGUCCAAAAAGGUGACGAUGACUCUCGAGGAAGCCAAACUUCUGUCGGCGUGCAAGUCGAAAGCUUUGGACAAUUUCGCUUAUGGUAUCGGGCUUACCUCCGGCAUUGUAUGGACAGCUACAGGGAGGUUAAAUCAUUUGCUACGUGUUAGCCUGUCAGUAGGAUCCGCUUUUGCCUGUGGAAUAUGGAGAUUGUCUAAGUCAUUAGAUUCAUGUGCUGACCAUAUUCUUGCACUACAUGGCAGUCGGAUGCAAGAGGAAUUAGCAAAUAUAAUAGUGAGGAAAUAUCAUCAUGAUCCAGGCAAAAUGCGGCUUCUAGCGAGGCAUUUCUAUUCGGAGCAAGUAUUUGACGAUUCCACUUCGGAUCAACCAAGGUUGAGGUGGCGUUACCGGAAUAGUUAUAGCGAUGGGGUUGCUUAUGGCCAGCAGACCCAUGAAACUGACGUUCACAGUGGGAGGAGUCAACAGUUGCAUGAUUAUGACUUCAACAGAAAUAUGGGGAAGAAUUCCUACGGCAAUCCCGAGAAUGACUCCAAAACCAACUCAGUUGACUUCCCAAGCGACUCUGACAUUGAAAGGGCAAUAGAGUUGAAGCGCAAUUCUCUGAGUAAAGCAACCGGCCUUUUUUCUCGGGCGAGCUAUGGAGUUGACGUGAUGGGCGACCCCCUUGAUUGUAUUUUUGGAGGUAUGAUGACAGAAGAGGAGAUUCGUCAUCCAGUUACCUCAAGUGGGACAAAUAAAGUUCCUCCACAAAGCCACAGAAGAUUGAGGCGUAGGCGUCGAAUGCGACAGCCGGAGGUUUCUCUUAAUACUUAGCCUGAUGCAUCUUUGUGCUGUCUGUAGUCUAGGAGAGGUUUAAGAUGUAGAUGCUUUUAAGCUUUUGAAGUUUCUAGAUGAGCACAUGACCUUCAGCAUGUGGAAGGACUUAAUAAUUUCAUGGGUAAUUUUUUAAUUGACCUGGAGUUGCUAGGUUGCUGGGCUAUACAGCAACUGGCGGUCGCUCUUCCCUUUCCAA